GUUGUGACUCUGGCUAAAACUUUCAACAGUUGAAGCUGAAAGUGUUCCCAAUGCGAGGAUUUUGUCGCCAUAUUUAUCGUCUUUCUCAUUGCUGUUGCGACUUUUAUGAACGUUUUGUAAGGAGCUAUUUUGGCAAGACCUAAACGUAAAAUAAAAAGUAGGGAUUUUUUAUUAGGGGCAGUUUUUUCAGUAUUUUACAUAGACCUACACAUAGUCGAAUAAACACACAAGGAUUUUGCUGUGUGGAGAAAACCAACAAUCUGGUGUCCAUCCCACAGCAAUUCACCAAUAAAUACUGUGAAUUUUCCCAUCAUCCUACAAGAGAAGGACAAACUCCAGGAGUAGCAGCUGAAAUCUGUGUGACUGUUAAAGAUGGAGUUUAUUAAAGAGGAGAUUGAAGACAUGAGUGAUCCAGAACCAUCCAGAAUAAAACAUGAAGAUACUGAGGAACAAAUAGACUGGAUGGAAGUAAAUCAGCAAAGACACGAACUCAUUAAAGCAGAGGAGGAACAGCAGAGCAUCGAAACUCAGCACACCUGCAUUCAGUGUGGAAAGCGUUUCAGACAAAGAGGAAACCUUAACAAACACAUGAGAAUUCACACUGGAGAGAAACCGUAUCCAUGCACUCAGUGUGGAAAGAGUUUCAUAUGUAAAUCUGAACUCAAGUAUCAUCUGCUCCGACACUCUGGGGAAAAGCCAUUCAACUGUGAUCAGUGUGAUAGAAAGUUUAUUUUAUCAUCACAUCUAAAACAACACCUGAAAGUUCAUUCAGAUGUUAAGCCUCACUUGUGUUCUUUCUGUGGAAAGAGUUUUUUAAGGCUGGAUCAUUGUAAAAAGCACCAGAAAACACACAAUAAUGUAAGAGAUCAUGUGUGUUGUGAUUGUGGGAAGAGCUUUACUAAAGUGGAAAAUCUGAAACAGCACCAACGAAUUCAUACUGGAGAAAAACCUUACAAGUGCUCAUAUUGUGACAAGAGUUUCACGCUGUCUGGAACCAUGAAAAUACACGAGCGACUUCAUACUGGAGAGAAGCCGUAUCACUGUACUCAGUGUGAGAAGAGUUUCAUAAGUGCCAAAGCUCUCGGUUAUCAUCUGUACAUUCACACUGGAGAGAAACCAUUUAACUGUGAUCAGUGUGGUAAAAAGUUUAAAACGUUAUCAAAUUUAAAACUACACCUGAUAGUUCAUUCAGAUGAGAAGCCUCAUGUGUGUUCUUUCUGUGGAAAGAGUUUUUCACGACUGAUCACUUGUAAACGUCACCAGAAAAUGCACAAUGAAGUGAAAGAUCAUGUGUGUUGUGACUGUGGGAAGAGCUUUAUUACAGAUGGUCAUCUAAAACUGCACCAAAGAAUUCAUACUGGAGAAAAUCCUUACAAGUGCUCAUACUGUGACAAGAGUUUCACUCAGGCGGGAAACCUGAAAUUACACGAGCGACUUCAUACUGGAGAGAAGCCGUACCACUGCACUCAGUGUGGAGAGAGUUUUAAAAGUAAAACUAAUCUCAAGCAUCAUCAUCUGCACCAUCACUCUGGAGAAAAGCCAUUUAGCUGUGAUCAGUGUGGUAAAGACUUUAAAUUAACGUCAAAUCUGAAAAAACACCUGAAAAAUCAUACAAACGAGAAGCCUUAUGCAUGUUCAUUUUGUGGAGAGGUUUUUACACGACCGGAUCAUUGUAAACGACACCAGAAAAAACACACUGGUGAGAGAAAUCAUGUGUGUUGUGACUGUGGGAAGAGCUUUACUAGAGCUGAGCAUCUGAAACAACACCAAAGAACUCAUACUGGAGAAAAACCUUACAAGUGCUCAUAUUGUGACAAGAGAUUCACUCAUUCUGGAAACCUGAAACAACACGAGCAACUUCAUACUGGAAAGAAGCCGUACCACUGUAAUCAGGAGAGUGUUUCACCCAAUCAAAAACUCUAAUGAUUCAUAUUAAAAAUCAUUGUCAUGUGUCACACUGAGCAAAUGUUAUUCUC